CAAAGCUUUGUUCUGAUGAGUUAUUGUAUUGAACCAUUUAGUUAUUAAUUUAUGAAGGCUAGGAUAGUAGUGUGGAUAGCAUGUCAGAGAGCACCCUGAGCUCAGCAAAUUCCUGGUAAGGGUCUUUAAGGAGGAAUUGCGUGCUGACUCAGGCUGAGUGGAAAUAGAAUUGUCCAAAGUCUAGUUAAUAAGUGUUUUCUUUGGGGCUGGGGAUUUAGCUCAGCAGCAUAAGCGCCUGCCUUGCAAACAGGCAGUUGUGAGUUUGAUCCCUGCUACAGAUAAAGAGGAAAAAGACAAAAAAAAAAGCUGAGGUACUGGCCAAAAUGUUCCAUUUGCAAAGUCCACAGAAGCUGCUGAUGCUGGAGAAAUCUUUGCGGAUGGCCCUCCCUGAGUCCUUAAAGGUUUAUGGAACCAUCUUCCACAUGAACCAGGGAAACCCAUUCAAGCUAAAGGCCCUGGUGGAUUCCUGGCCUAAUUUUAAUACUCUGGUUGUUCGUCCUCAGGAGCAGGAAAUGACUGAUGACCUAGAUCACUACACCAACACUUACCUAAUCUACUCCAAGGAUCUCAAGAAGUGCCAGGAAUUCCUUGGCUCCCCAGAAGUCAUCAACUGGAAGCAGCAUUUGCAGAUUCAAAGUACACAGUCCAGCCUACAUGAGGUGAUAGAGAACCUUGCAUCCAUCCAUUAUGGCCAGGUCAAGCACACACAAUGCAAUCUCUACAUGCCACUGGAUACUGCAAAGAAACUGGUUCCUACCCUUGUGGACACAAAUAACUUAUCAUCCAAUGCCAACAAGCCCAAGUCCCUCAACCAAGAGAUGUUUAAACUCUCAUCGCUGGAUGUAGCACACGCUGCCUUAGUGAAUAAAUUCUGGAGCUUUGGUGGUAAUGAGAGGAGCCAGAGAUUCAUCGAGCGCUGUAUCCGGACCUUCCCCAGCUUCUGUCUGCUGGGGCCUGAGAAGACGCCUGUGUCCUGGACCCUGAUGGACUACACUGGAGAGCUGCGAAUGGGAGCCACUGUGCCCAAGUACCGGGGCCAGGCUCUCAUUUAUCAUGUCAGCCAUUGCCAGAUCCAGAGUCUGGGGAAACUUGGCUUCCCAAUGUAUGGGCAUGUGGAUAGAGCCAACCACAGCAUGCAAAGAUCAGUCACCAGGCUGCUUUGGGUCUCCUUGCCCUGUCAGUGGAAUCAGUGGAACAGCAUGCCUGUGUGAGGCUGGCCCUGAACUGAGUACACUGAGAGUGGGCAGGACAUGUGUCCAGUGUUGUUCAUGGGGAAGUGGAGAAGAGGAUAAAUUAUAAUGUGUGGUAGACUGUGAGCUCAGGGAACAGGGACCAGUGACAAACAGCUCACCCCGACCCUUGUCAUCAAAUCAUUCCCAGGCUGUCCUUGGUUUUCUUGGGUGGAAGUGGCCAGGCACUUCUGUCCCCUCAGUGCCAGGUUCCUGUGUUGUGCUUUUAACUGGCUACAUGAUUUCUCCUUUUCUCUCCCAAUGUUUGGCUCUUUUUCACUUGCCAGGACAGUUUUCUGACGUUUUUCCUUCUGGCCUUGUUGGCUUUUAUUUAUUUUUUUUUUUUUUCUUUUACCGCUUGGAGAAUUGUCUUUCCUUAACAAUAACAACAAAAAAAUAGUUUUCCCAGAUAACUUCCUACAUCUUCUAUGAAAACAAUGUAAAAUAGAUUGCAUGCCUAUGUGAGUAUAAAUAUUAUAUACAAUAAAAUAUUUGAUGCAAUAAUAAUUUGUUAUUCAGACGCAAAGGAGUUGGUAAUAUUUUUCUAACUGGUAUUAAUAUCUUUUGCAAAGAGCUAUCUUUUGCAACUCAUACCCUGGAAAAAGACUUCAGCAUUACUUCUAAAGGUUGAGUGUCAUUAACUCCCUCUAGAAUCCCCUCACCAUGAAGACACUGUUUGUGGAACCUUAGCAAGAACACUGGGAAAUGGUGCAUAUGAUUUGAGACAGGGGCUGUGGCAAGCUUCCUACAGGGCUGGAGAUUAGUUGACACCUCUUAGUGGCACGUGCUAUGAGAUGUCUUCAGUGCAAGGAGGGUUGUGGGAGUCUGAUGGAUA